AUGGGCUCGGCGGCGUCAUACGGCUCCUGCAAAGGUGAUGGGUGCGAGACACCGUUGAAGGCGAACGGGGACGACAGUGUGGGCGAGGUUACGUGGCGCGUACGGCUUUUGUGCGAGGUUGGAAAGGACCCCACGUCCGUCACGCGUGACUUUCCACGCAUCCCCGUGUACGUCAGGACCGCCUCGCGCCACAACUACUGCGCUGCGGAAGAAAGGGAAAAGCAGCGGCAGCACCCGAUACUGGGGAUGGCGGCGGGUGACUCGGAGGAGGCUAAGCAGGAGUUUCUCGCCUCGAGGUGUGAGCGCGUACGCACCGCCGUUGAGCUGCUUAUGGAGCUGUGCGGUGAAGAUGCGCUGGCGCUGCGCUCUGUUUGGCAAGUGGAGCAGCAGCGGCUAGGCACAGCGGAUGGUGCCUCGCUACUGCUUGCCGUGCUGCUGAAGAGCGGCAUGCUGCAGGUGCGGGGAAAAGACGGACGGCGCAACUCUUUUGGAAGCGACGCCUCAGGCAUACCAGCUGUGGCCGCAGAGACAACACCAAAGAGAGCGACGCCGAGCCACGACACAGCCGAUGCCAUGGUGUUAGUAUUGCCGAAGUACACUGUCCAGAGUAGAACGCUUCGUGUGAUGCAGUACAUGGUGCAGGAAGCUGUGUUUUUUCCUCUUCAGUGGCUUACCGGCGUGUUUCGAUUUCCGUGGUGCAGGCGCAUGCAAGACCUCCUCUGGACUGUCCAUGUGUACGCGGAAAAAGACACAAGUGAAGACAGUGACCGGGAACUAAUUAUAUUGCAGCACAAACAAACUUUGCGCCACUACGUGGACCCCAAGGAACGUGGGACAACGCCUCGGUUUGAAAUUGAUUGGGUCUGCAGUAUCUGUAUUGAUCCUCUCCACCUCUUACGUGACGUUUCCAGCCCCCCGACGAUGGGCAAGGAUGCCGAGGUGCGCUCCAUCAAAGCAGAAAUUCUGGCAGCGCGUGUAGAGGCGCCAUCAAGGACGAUGUGCUGCGUCGCACCGGCUUGGCGUCGGCGUCGUCGUGAGCUGAAGAAACGAUUGCUGGAUCGCUUCAAGGUGGAGCUCGAUGUGGUGGCUGCAUUGCAUGAGCGCACCGUCUUCUGA